UCACCGUUUCCUCCAUCCGUUCAGUGGCUGUGUGCACUGCAUCCCGAGAAAACAUGCGCGAACCGUAGACAAUAACACGGCGGCAUUAGUUUAUCUUUUAUCGCAGAGCACGAUAUUUAAAUGCAACAGCGGAAUAGCGAAUUUUGUUAGAAUUAUCGUGAGACUCUAAUGCAAACGGACUACUAGUGUACGUGCGAGUCCAAUCGCACACUGACGUGAAUCGCACGGCGUAAGUUUCAAGAGGGGACACGUUACUUUGUCUUGUUAGAAAACAAAGGACUUUCCAACCUGGAAAGCCACAUAAGCAGACAGGACUUAUCAACGUAACAUUGGCCACCUUUGCACAAUCAGUUGUCUCUAUGGAAACAGAGUACCAUCAAGGAUCAUUGGGCUCUCUGGUUUGUACCCAAGAUGGGGAACCGAUAAGUAGCCAAACCCCGGGCCCAGUAACAUUUCAACCAGGGGCCAAAUCAGACUCCUUCCCAUGUCUGCGGCCCCUUUCUUUUCCCCAGCAUUCCACUGAUGAGGCACGAUGCUCGGAGGAGGUCAUCGUUAUGGUCAAGGAGAAAACAGAGAAUGGUGAUGGGAUUUAUUGUUCCACUAAUGAUGCUUUUGCCUCCAAACCCAUCAUCUCCCCUCCUCCUCGCCGGCAUCAUUCUCUCCCUCAUUCGCACCAUCCUCAUGUUAGCCGCACCCGGAUGAGCAGCCGGUCCAGCUCCAUCGCCUACACAGCAUUCUCCCCGCGACCCUCUCUUUCACGCCACUCUAGUAUCGCCACCAACCCUCCAUUGGACCGUUCCAAACCCAAAGACUACCUCAUCCUGGCUGUCAUCGCUUGCUUCUGCCCUGUCUGGCCAAUCAACAUUGUGGGUUUCGUUUACUCCAUUAUGUCCCGUAACAGUCUCGAGCAGGGGAACAUAGAUGGAGCGAGACGUCUGGGUCGUGUGGCGAAGCUGCUGUCUGUGGUCUCACUGGUGGGAGGAACUGUCAUUAUCGUAGCAUGUGCUGUGAAUCUGGCAAUUAAUGUGAAGUCCUGAGUGCAGUGAGCCAUGGAAUUCAGCUUUGCAUCAGACCACUGACCGGAAUACCACGGCCCAUUUGUUUCACCUCACGGUUGCUGUGACGGCAAUCACAACUUAGAGGGGAAUCAAUAAUCAGAUGCCUCCACCUCAAAGCUAAAAAAAAAAAAAAAAAAAAAAAAAAAAAAAAAAGAGAA